AAUUUCAAACUGUUAAACGAUUAUUUUGAUAUCACCGAAAAUUAUAUUAUUUUACUGUUAAAGCAAUAGUAAACUAAGUAAACUGGCUUAGUAACAAAGUGCUUUAAAAAAAGAAGUCUCUAAUGCUAUACAUCAAGUGUUCGCAUUCGGGUUCAAUAUCGUACUGAGUUUCCCGCGGAAAGUGAAACUUUCGCCGAACGUUCACAAUAGCACAAUGCUAUCUUCAUCGAAUGUAGAAAGGCUAAUUGCAGAGAAAAGGCGUGAGAUAGAGAGGGAGAAAACUGUGCUGGGACUGUGGCCGGCGGAACACGACCUUCAUAAAAAUGUCAAAGAAGAUGCACUAUCAACAAACAAUGGCAAGAAACAAGUGAAUUUUGAGGAAAGCGAGGUCUUGCCUCAUUGCAAUGACUCCUCGAAGGAUGAGGAAGAAACUGUAUUAUCAGAGACAACACAUGUAGAACUAGAUGAUAGAAUACCACCUGAAUUAGAGAGAUAUAUCAGGCGCUACGUAGGUCUGCCAGUGAUGCUGAAGGCGGGCGAGUACUCGCCCAACAACCCGCUGGUGCGGGGCGAGCGCGCCGCGGGGGACGCGCUGCUCGGCCUCGGCGAGUACGAGCGGCGCCGCAACACGCUGCGCAAGAUACGCCAGCAGCAGUACCGGGAGUAUCUUGAUCAGCAAGCCAAAAAGAAGCAAGAAGCCAAAGAGCAAGCGGAAAGAGAGCGUCGCGAGAGAGAGCAGAAGGAGAGAGAACGAGAGGAGAGGGAGAGGGAGCUAUUGCAGGAGCGAGAGAGAUAUAGCACCGAGCGGCGACGCAGCGUGCAGUAUAUACCGGACUCUACUGCGUAUAAUAAUAACAAUAAAGUGGACAUGGGCGUGCAGGUGGACGGGUUCACGUGCCCGCUGUCCGUCGCGGUACAGACCGAUGACAACGAGAUGUUCCGGUUGCUUACCGGCAAGUCGCAGCUGACGGAGGCGGAGCGCGAGCUGUCCCCGCGCACGGCCGGCCCGCACUCCGGAUGGGUGCACGAGCGCCGCCGCAGCUAUGGAGACUACGACGAGCGCACGUCGUCCCUGGUGAAGCAGUGUACCCGCGACAAGCUGCAGUCGGAGCCGCGGUACCCGCGCUCCAUAUUCGACGCCGACGCCAUACAGCUGCGCAACAUGCAGGCCGAGAAGGAAGCGGCAGAACGCCGUCAGUUCUACCAGCAGGAACUCAAGAACCAAAUUCUAGAACAACAGAGAAUUAGAGAGGAGAGGAAGACGAGGGAGAAGAUGUUGGAGCAAGCGGAGAUGCGUCGCCUGGAGGAACAACUCAGGAUGCUACGCGUGGCGCAGGACCGGGAACUCAACAAGCAACAGGACAUCACGGCCGCAAUGAAAGAAAACGCAACAGAAUACCACAACAAGCGAACAGAACUACAGAAAGAGAUCGACAUCGAGCAACGCAACCUGCGCGUCGCACCGCUCCGCAACACGCAACGCAACGCGCCCACUACAGACACGAGUCCGUCCAAACUGCCCUUCUACUACCCGCGCGUACAACAACGAACUAACGAGAUAUGUGACAAGAAACCAUACUCAAUGAACAUACCAGACACAUCAAUAUUCUCAGCCAACUACGACGUAGAUUCCUACCUUAGAAAGAACUUAAACUUUAACAAGAAAUACGACGGAAUCACAGAGACACACGACCAUAACAAACUCAUUGAGAAGGCCUUAGUACACCACCCCGAGGAACGAGACCGUCCUGAAGUAACGCCGUCCUUUACAAACGUAGAUAACAUCGACAGUUUACCCAUACCUGUGUUGCGGCAUUCGCCCAAAAUACCUGAAAAUGUCGAUGAAAGCCCGAAAAUGAGUGAAGCGAUGAAGAAAGUCGAUGAUAAAUGGAAAGUGCCUGCAGUACAGAAGAAUAUUUUGAAAGCUUUACCUAAUGAUGAAGGUAAGAGUGUUAAUAUUUUGACGCAGCUCGGCUCUAUAAGGCGGCAGUUGCAACUGGAACAGUUGAAACUAGACAAAAUGAUCACUAACGAUGAUGUGUGAGGUGUGGACACGGCUGCACAUGAACCUAUACUUUAACCAGUAUAAACUGACCGUCGAAUGUACGGUAAUAAUAUAUAAAGCGAGACCAUGGUAAACUGGUUUUGUAUAGUUCUAUGUGUAACCGUGUGUUGGCCAUUGCGUGGAAACUGAUCGCGUCAGGAACCUAUAGAGGUAGACUGGAGGAUAUAAGAAAGUAAGGAAUUACUUGAAAGGAAUGAUUAAGCUGUAUAACGUGAAAAUUGUAGUCUUGUCUGGUAAAUUGAAGAAAUAUUAGACACGUAUGUUUU